AUGCUGACCACAUUACCCAACUUGUGCAGAUCUGUCUACAAAAUAGGUCUAGCCCUUAAAACUAGCAACGGCGAUGAGAAUAGCAAUCACAGUGGAAUGAAAGAUAUCAAUGGAAAAAGCAACACAGAUGUGACUGCCUCACCUGCUGGGGGACCCUGUGACCACACUGGUGAGGAUGGACAGUCGGAGCUGAAGACUAACGGUCAGACGUCCGAGAGUCCUGGACCUUCUUCUCCUCCUCCUAGUCCAGCUCUGGCGCCACUGCGCGUCACUUCCGCCAGUCACAGUCCUGACAAAGGCGGCCACUAUCAUCAUCAUGUCAGCAGCGGGGGCGGCGCUGAGUAUUACCUGAGCGCCAACCCGGACAGCCUGGGACACAGCUACAUUCCAGCCUCGACCAGCCACAGCUCCUCAUCUCCUUCAGAUGGCUGCUACCUGAGCUCCAGUGCUAGUCAGUCUGGAGGUUCUGGGGCUCAGUCUCCAGGGGAAAACCCCGGUGAAAGGAGGGGAUCAUCUCCAACGGGGAGCCAGCAUGUGGUGCAUGUGCAUGUCAAUCCUGGCGAGACCUUCUCAGUUCGUCUUGGCGACCAGAUCCAGCACAUACAGG